AUAAAAAACAAUAUGGCUGCCUCCUUACUGUCUCAGGCCAUGAGGAGAUGUUCAGCACACACCUGUACUGUUGCUUUCAGGAGGUCUUUGAGUUCUGCUCCUUCAUCUGUCUUCAACAGAUUCCUCUUGAAACUCAACCACCACUUUUAUGAUGUGAAGAACAUUGUAGGCUGGAGCAGCUGGUUGAGGACACGCCUGGUCAGACGCAAGAAUAAGUUGUUCAGUCACACGCGGCAGAGGUUUGGUGAUAAUAUAGCAGCGGCCUAUUAUAUUUUGAGUGUCAGAGGAAGUUUCAGAUUUGCUGGUCAGUCUGAGUGGUUUCGUCCGGACUCUAGAGGAAGAUUCAGCUACGAGUUUCUGAGCACCCCUGACGCACAUAUUGAGCAUAUGGAUUUGAGUGGCACCCUAAUAAACCAUGAUGGACUCGAUAAUCUUGUAAGGCAGAAUAAACUACAAACUCUCUCUCUUCGAGGAUGUCCUGAAGUGGACGACUGGUUCAUAGGCCGUCUGCAUGUAUUUGGCGAGAGUCUGGUGGAGUUAGAUCUGUCUCACUGUUCCUGUGUCACUGUGGGAGGACUCGCUGCAUUAAAGAACCUCAGAAAGUUACAGCUUCUGGACAUUUCUGGACUUCCUCUGCUACAGAGUCCAGGCCUGGUGCGGAUUCUGGUGGAAGAAAUGCUGCCACAUUGCCGGGUCACUGGAGCUGAUUAUGAGCGAGGCUUAACCCAGACAGACAGUCUUGAGCCACCAGAGAACCAUAGUGAAACUUCCUCACACACCAACACUGGACUCAGACCUAUAUGAACAAGAAUACAGAUACGAUGGGACUGCUGAUGAUGAAAACGUAUAAGUUACUAUACAGUCAUUUAAAACCCCACUGUUAUUUUAAAAAAGUGGUCUAUAUGUUGUUUGUUGCAUACUUGCGACAGUGUUGUAAAAUGUAUUGUUUUUGACAAAAACACAUUAAAUAUUUAUGUUUAAAAAUUAAAAACGAAAAUUUAACGAAAAUAUAUAUUUGUGGUACUAUUUAAUGUGGAUUAGAAACACAAGUGUAUGUAUCUAUGUAGUAUGUAUGUACACCAAAGGUAUACCUGUACAGCAGUUGGGUGUAACUAGUUUCUAAGUAAUUAGUUACUGGAAUUGAAUUACUUUUCCCUUGAAAAGUAAAGUAACGGAUUACUCUUGUUUUUUUCUGUAAUUUAAUUAGUUACUUCUGAUGUAAUUGAACUAAAUACUGUGUAAUAUAUUAAAUAGUGGAA